CGGGUCGGGCCUAGGAAACGGGUCAUAGAUGACACAAGUUAUCCUUAGGGUUUUAGGACCAUUGUCUUCUUCGCGAACCUAAAUUCUCUCAUUGUCAGUUGUCGUUAACUCACUUAACCAUGACUGCUCAAUCUCCAGAAGAAAUCCUAGCCGCUCAUCUCGAACAACAGAAGAUUGAAUCCGAGGAGCCAAUUAUUGAGGACGAAGACGAUGACGAUUUAGAUGACGAUGAUGAAGAUGAAGAUGAUGUUGAAGGGGGUAGUGGUAGGUCAAAACAGAGCAGGAGCGAGAAGAAGAGUCGAAAAGCUAUGAUCAAGCUCGGAAUGAAGCCAAUCCCCAUGGUCAGCCGUGUCACUGUCAAAAAGAGCAAGAAUAUUCUAUUUGUCAUCUCGAAACCAGAUGUUUUCAAGAGCCCUGCAUCAGACACAUAUGUUAUAUUUGGUGAGGCAAAGAUUGAGGACUUGAGCUCUCAAUUGCAGUCUCAAGCUGCUGAGCAGUUCAAGGCUCCUAAUUUGAGCAAUGUGAUAUCAAAACCAGAACCAUCAACGGUGGCUCAGGACGAUGAGGAUGUAGAUGAGACUGGUGUAGAACCCAAGGAUAUCGAGCUGGUAAUGACUCAAGCUGAUGUUUCCAGAGCAAAAGCUGUCAAAGCUCUCAAGGCUGCAAAUGGUGAUAUUGUCUCUGCCAUUAUGGAGCUUACAAACUAGAAACUCUUUACUAUGUAGUUUUUUUCUUUUUCCAAUCUCUUGAGCUGAUUAUGAAUAUUAAAAGGUUUCAGUUACUGCUU